AAAAAUAUUAUCGCUUGCCAGCGACAUUAAUCCAAAUCUUAUUGUUUAAUUCGGUAUUUUACCCAUAAAAUCCAAAUUUUUCGAGGUGUCUUCCAACGCAAUUCGGAGGAAAUCAGCUCAAAAUGAGUGCAACGGAGCCGGAGAAGAGCAAUAGCAGUGCCGCUUCCUUCGCCAAUCUUCCGGUGGAAGAUGGAUCACUUACUGCUCCUGCAGCUUCCGGUGUAAAGAAGACCCAUCUCGAAGCAGACGCCGUUAUGAGUGACGACGACAGCAAAGUGAUCACCACAUUAGAGACGGCAAAGUCAACUAGUGAGAAGGUGAUUAUCCACAGUCAGACAAUCAUCAAGCCGGCUGGGACAAAAGACGGGGCUGCAAAGUCAGCAUCUGCAGCAGCGGAUGAUUUGCUGGCCAGGAUGAAAAGUCGAUUGAACAAACAAAUCGAUUUGAAUGUUUUAACUACUCCAAAAAUGCAUCAUCACGUGCCGCACGGAACUCACGAUACCAGUGGAUCGAUCGAAAUUCCGGCGGAUUUCAUUUUGGGCAGUGAUAUUCCGGCAACGCCAGCGAAUGUUACCAAAGAAGAACUGGAGGAUCACGACCUGAUAGCGAUUCUCGAAGGUGAUGAUGUGGAAAUUAUGGAAAAUGCGACCGAAAUUGAAGUAAGGGUUGGUGGAACUGACGAAGGUAUGUAUGAUGACGAACAAGUGUUGGAGGAAAUUCACAUAUCUAUCGUAGAUGAGCAGGAUCUGGAGUCGGAAAAGAAAGAGCGGGAAAAGGAGAUCGCUAUGAGACAAAUGGCAAAUCUCCCGCAGCUACCUAAAGGACGAAGACCAAAGCAAGCCCUCGACGCCAAUGAGAUUCAGGAGGCUAAGCUGGCAGUAGUGAAACCGGUAGCUUCAAAGCGUGGCAUUUCGAAGUCUACGGCCCCGUCACUUCCGACGCUGAAAGUAGAAACUGGACCUGCAGAGGUAACACCACCUCCAAAACCCAAAUUGGAAACGAAAAAUUCUCCCGCCAGACCGGUCACGGGAACUCUAGGAGGGAUUACCAUCAAAGGACAAACAACAAUCACACCUCUUCCGAAACCGAUAAUCAUCAAAACCGAACCCUCUGAAAAGAAGGUUUCCCCUUCUCCGACGAAAAAGGUAAUGGUUCCGCCUUCAAAACCUGCUUCUGUUUCAACACAAGUGGUGCCGAAAACAGCACCAGUUCUCAAUUCACUGCCGCAAAAACCGUCACCAGUUUCAAAUGCAUUGCCGCAGAAAUCUGUACCUGUUUCCAAAGCGUUGCCACCGAAGCAAAAAUUAAACCCAUCAGUUCCAAGACCGAUUCCUCUUCCCCCUCCGAAGAAAAAGACCGAUGAUCUGAUCAGUUCAAUUGUUUCCGAUUGGGAUGAUGAACCUUUGGUAUUAAAAAAAGAACCAGUAAGUCCGGUUGCUUCACCUGCCCCAAAACAAGCGUCAGUUUCAUCUGCACCUGCGACAGGUCUUCCGAUGGCGCCACCGCAACCACCAUCAGCCGAGGAGCCACUGAAACGUUCUCGUGUUAUCAAGAAGAAAAUUAUCUGGGACCCGGACAACCCGGAAACGCACAUGUCCUUUGCCAGCUUUGUUAAGUCCAACAGAACAAAACCCGAAAGCCAAAAUGAGGCCCAAACGACACCAACUACGACCCGACCUCCCGGUACUGGAAUUCGCCGCAAGCGCGCGGAAUCCGUUGCCGUGCAUAUGAUUAAAGAUACCCCACCUCAAUUUGCUCUGCCACCUCCGCGGAAACGAGCUCGUACUCCUGAACCAGUAUCUAAACCACCUGUUACGUCAGCUGCUCCUGUGGCAUCGAAAAAGAAAAAGAAAAGUGAAAUCGAUAAGCUUCUCGGAGACGAGGGAGCAAUCAAAAUGUUGUAUGAUUUAGAAUGCGAGAACAGUAACAUAGAAAAACCUUCUGAGUUUGACGAUUCCGACGAGGAAAGUGAGAAGCGCAUUGCAAUUAUUAAACAAAGAAGUUCUCCCAACGAGGGCACCACUCACGUUCCUCGAGUAAGACAGAAACGACAUCCGGUGCAAACAUCUACCAGUCCGGCUCCAACGGCAACGGCAUCCACUUCAGAACCACCUCCCAGAACAAGCACCUCUGGUGUCGUUGGCCGCAAACGUAAACGGCCAAAUUCUGCUUCGGAGGACUGGGACUACGUUUACAACUCACAAAAAAACUGUGAUGACGCCAUGAUCAUCCGUCGACGCUCCAACAGCUCCUACUCUAGCUCCACCAGUCCUAGACGUCUCAGCGUCGAUCAACCGGGUGCCACUUCUACUGAAACCACCCCCGCAGACACUGCGGGAGCGUCCAACUUUGAAUUCGUCAAACCUUCGAACAAAACUCCACCUAAACAAGAGGACAUAAAACUUGAUUCAUCCCUCGUAGCCAACAUGAAAGGAAAGCUUAGCAAAGUUCUCGGAUUCAAAAAGGAAGAACAAACAGCCAGCAUAUCAUCCCCGCCGACGUCCACCGGUAAAAAACCGGAAAAGAAGCUCAAAACUCCACCUAAGGUGGCGGAAACCGCGACUCCAACGACUUCAACGACGCCGACGACAACGACAACCGUUCGAGUCGAAGAAAAUGGGACCGACAAGAGUUGGGAAUCCGUACACAAACAGCUAACCGAGCUGAAGUUGCAGGAGCUCACCUACAAGCGUGCCGGGAAUUAUGUUGAAAUCAUCCUGGCAUCUAAGGAUAACAAACUAUUGGAUGUCUUUACUGUUGAGUUAUUGAACGAAUUAAAAACCGUACUGAAUAUUCUUAAAAGUGACUCGAACACGAGAGCCGUACUCCUGCGGUCAAGUGGAAAACACUUCUGCAGAGGAAUCGAUUUGGCCUAUCUCAUUCAAAGUAAUGCAGAGAAACGGAAAACCGCCGCUCAGGUGUACAGCGGUCAUAUAAGGAAUUUUCUCCAAACGUUGGCCAUGUUCAACAAACCCCUGGUCGCAGCCGUACAUGGCGACCUCCUUGGAAUGGGUGUAACGAUCCUACCACUGUUUGAUGUCGUCAUCGCACAGGAUACAACAACGUUUCUCACGCCAUAUGCAGUUUUCGGGUAUCUCCCGGAGGCGAUGAAGCUAUUUUCUUCGGCGAAAAAUUUGAAACCAAAAGCGAUAACGGAUAUGCUUUUUCUCAGUAGAAAAGUGUCGGCCAGUACAGCAUUGGACUACGGGAUUGUUUCGGAGGUGACAAGCUCCGAAAAACUGCAGGAACGGGCCGAUAUUGUGACGAAAAAAUUGGCGACACUUUCGCAACAGGCACUAAAAGCAAUGAAGAUUAACCUCCGCAAGGAGCUGCUCGAGCGUUUGGAAGAUCAACUCACAUUCGAGCAAAGGAAACAAUCCCAACAGUGGGUAACCGCCGAGUGCCAGGAGAAGUUCAAGCUGUUCGUGUCCCGGGGUGGAAAUUGGUGAUGCCCUGGGCCAGGUAAGUACAGGAAAAUCCAAUACACUCUGCGAGGGUUAUGAGCAAUUUAGCGUAUAAGUACACAGAUGCUUUUAUUCUCCAUAACGGAUUGAUCGGCUUAAAACCACGUUUUAGUUUAUGCCAGAUCAAUCUUUUUGUUUUCAAACUUGAAUUUGGCACGAAUUGUUUUCAUUGCUACUCUAAUUUAACAGAAUUAAAGUUAUCGGUUAUUGAUAGGAAAAAUUGAACUCUGUUGCCCAUACGCAUAGAGCUACUCGUAAUAAGAGAUGUUGCACUUUAUCUUCGUUUUACUAAGAUCAACUUCUAUUUACUAUCCAUUACAAAUAAUCAUGAUGAAUUCAAUUGUUUAAAAUAGAAUUUAUUUUUACAAACGCGAAAACUUUAAUGCAUUUGGCUCAAAAUACCGCCAAUUCAAUGAAAAAAUUACAUUUAAGCCGAUAAGAAAAAGCAAACAGAGCAUAUAUCAUUGAAUGUCAUACAAGUAGUAGUGGCUGAUUGGAUUUAUGAAACAUUUUCAACACUUUUAGUUUAUUAUUUUUUUCAAUAAAUAGAUACAGCAGA